GGCCAAGCACCGCCAGAGGCCAGGCCGUUGUCCCUUGCGGAUCUCUCUCGGUCUUCACAUCGCCAGCGGCGCAACCAACCGAUUUCAUGAGCCAUCCUCCAGCCGGAGAGUCGAAAAAGCGAAAAGCGACGCCAGGCCCCCAGUCACCGUCGGACUCGACUGAUCGCAUCUCCCUUGCCAAGAAGACCGACGCUGCCAUGCUCCACUCGUCGUCGCUUGUGCCAGCCAACCCCUCCUCCCAAAAGAAAAUGAUCUUCAAAGGAUUUUCCGUGGCCCCGACCGUUCCCUUGAACUACGAAGAGGCCACAUGGAAGAAGCUCAAGAUCGCGAUCGACGAGAUCCAGCAGCGCCGCACGAUCACCGAUAGCCAGGAAGAGCUCUAUCGAGCUUGCGAAGACAUGUGUCACCAGAAAAUGUCUGCCUCACUUUACUCCCGACUGAAAGAGGAGUUCAACCGUUUUGUUCUUGAGCAGCUCCUGCAGCUCCAAUCAUCAAGCACCCAAGGCAGCGCCUUUCUUCAGACCGUCGAAGCCGUGUGGCUCCACUUCCGAGAUCAGGCCCUCGCCAUCCGCGGAAUAUUCCUCUAUUUGGAUCGAACUUAUGUCAUCCAAACACCAGGUAUCAAGUCCAUAUGGGACAUGGGACUGGACCUCUUCCACACGGCGCUUUUGGAUCACAAAGAUCUCCAGUCCAAGAUUGUUGAGACUGCUCUGAGAGAAAUCGACCACGAGCGCUCUGGCAUCAACAUCGCGCGAUCGACCUUACGUACUGUUAUUCGCAUGUACCUGGAGCUGGGUAUCUACACAAGUCACUUUGAAUCCGCUUUGCUCGUUUGGACAAGGGAGUUCUACGUCAACGAAGGCUCUGCGCACGCCCUUGCCAUCACCUCUGGCGAGGACACAGCAAAAUACAUGGCGCUCAUCAACCGGCGGCUGAACGAGGAGGCGCUUCGUUGUCAACCUAGCCAUGACCUCGGAUAUCUCGACGAAGCAACAAGGCGCACCCUGAUCGCCGUUCCAGAGUCGGAGCUUAUCGAGAAAUAUGCUCAAUUGAUUGUCGAUAAAGGAUUCGAUCAGCUGAUGGAAAAGCGACGACAUGAUGAUCUCAAGUUGAUGUAUCAGCUGCUCGUCCGGGUCGAUGGUCUCGAGUGUCUCAAGCGGAACUUCAGCAACUACAUCCGGAGCUAUGGGACCGCAAUCAUCUCGGAUCCCUCCAAGGAUACCGAGAUGGUGCAGAGCCUUAUCAAAUACAAGUCCGAGAUCGACGAUGUGUUGUCGUAUGCUUUCGAGAGCAACGAUGCGUUCUUCCACCUUAUCAAAGAGGCCUUUGAAAAAUUCAUCAACACUCGCAAGAACAAGCCCGCCGAAAUGAUCGCAAAAUACAUCGACGAGCUCAUGAAGCCGCGCAAAGGCAAGAGCGAUGCUGAAGUCGAGAGCGCCCUCGACAAGUGCCUGACUCUGUUCCGAUACAUUCAAGGCAAAGAUAUCUUUGAGGCGUUCUACAGAGCGCAUUUGGCGAAGCGACUGCUUCUAGGCAAGAGCGCAAGCGUAGACGCUGAGAAAAGCAUGCUUGGGAAGCUGCGAGCAGAGUGUGGUCCGACGUUCACGUCAAAUCUCGAGGGCAUGUUCAAGGACAUUGAAGUGUCGCGAGACAACAUGGCAUCAUUCAAAUCUACCAAAUAUUCCGACGGUCUCGGUGCUAUAGACCUCCACGUGAAUGUCUUGACAGCGCGCUGCUGGCCGACCUACGUUCCUCUUGCUCUGACGCUUCCGCCUGAGCUCGAGCGAUGCCAGGAGGUUUUCAAAGAGUAUUACAUAUCUCGGAACAAGGGUCGCAAGCUGACUUGGCAACACACGCUUGGUCACGCAUCACUCAAGGCACACUUCGCCAAGGGCGAUAAGGAGCUCAUCGCUUCGACGGCCCAGGCCGCCAUUUUGCUACUGUUCAACAACCGCAGCUUCCUCACCCUGCAGGAGAUUCAGGAUUGCGUAGGCAUGGACGCGAAGGAGCUCAGCAAGGUUCUCCAGACCCUUCUGACUUCUUCCCAGCGGAUCCUACUGAAGGUCAAAUCCAAGAGCGAUGCUGACGACAGGGAGGGGUAUAAGGUUAACGAUCUGUAUGAAAACGCCUUGAUGCGCGUCAAGAUCAACAGCCUUCAGCUCAAGGAUACCCCAGAGGAGGAGGAGGCCACCAAGGAGCGUGUGGCGGCCGAUCGACAGUACCAGGUCGACGCGGCCAUCGUUCGCAUCAUGAAGACCAAGAAGCGCUUGAGCCACACGCUGCUUGUCUCGGCUGUGUUCGAACAACUUAAGCUGCAGAUCGAGCCCGCCGACAUGAAGAAGCGCAUCGAAAGCUUGAUCGAGCGCGAGUUUCUUCAGCGCGAUGCCGACGACAACGCCAUGUACAUAUACUUGGCCUGAGGCCGAAUGCGGCGGUAUUCGUUGGGCUCCUCUGACCAACUUUGGUCCACCUUUCUUUUUUGCAAUGGCUUCGUAAUAAACACUCUGGAA